AUGUUUCACCAUUCCACCAGCAAGACUAAGAAAGUCUGUCGUAUGCAAUGCCUUCCUCUGCGGUUUGCCAGAAAUUCUAGACUGCAACCUUUGCAUAGGAAACCAGCUUCUUCCCACCGUGGUGCAGCUACUCCUUCAUCUGCCAUCACCUCAGAAAUUGGCAAGCGACCAGCAUCAAAACAACUAUUCGCUGAAGUUGCUCUCACAGCAUUCGCGACAUUUAUGGUUGAAUUCACUGAUCCUCAUCCUUUACAAGAGCUUGUUAAUAAAUUCUUCAAAUCAAAUGACUUUUCAAGAACUGUUUUGCAGUACCGCUUUGACCAAGUCCCAAUCAGCGAUGGCAUAAUGCGUCUCAUAAAUAUCGUCGCCAAGACACUGCAAGCUCAAGCCCACGUUUGCUGUGAAUCCGAACAACCAACAGAUAUAGCCACUUGGGAAGAUUACCGUUUUGACCAAGUCCCAAUCAGCGAUGGCAUAAUGCGUCUCAUAAAUAUCGUCGCCAAGACACUGCAAGCUCAAGCCCACGUUUGCUGUGAAUCUGAACAACCAACAGAUAUAGCCACUUGGGAAGAUGUCAGUGAUGAGGAGUCGGACGAAUCGCCUCGGGGCCUGAUUCGGCCGGAAAGUCUUACCGUCACUACUAUUCAAGAACACGAGGGUGAGGUAACACUGCAUCCCACCAUCGUAGAGCCACGUCCUAUGCGCAAGCGUAGUGAGGCCGUAAGACGUAAAGAACCUCGCAAGCAACAGAAGCCGAGUGUACCUGUGGAACUCCGCUGUGAUCACUGCAACGAGUGCUUGACAUCCUUCGAUGAAGAGACUAUCUCUCUUUGUCUCAUCGCUGUGGAGACAUUCCUACAUCGGGAGCCUGUAAUGGCUGCACCCAUCCUCUUUUCUUUACUGCACACUGUGACUCGCCUAAUUGACCAUCCCAUCUACCCGUGGCAUGACACGGAAAUGUUCGUGCCAGGAAACUGCCGCAGUGUCGCUAAACAGAUGCUGAGAGUUACUCUCCAUCAGCUGUCCUCAUCUGGCAUAUGCCUCCAAUUAUUUGACACUCCAAUAUCUCGAACCGACUCUUUUUGGAAAGUUGUGUCGCUCUCGUUGGCUGACUUCCAGGAGCUCUCUCCUGUCUACUUCAUACAACUGCUCUUCGAAGAUCUUGCCGAAAAUUGGCUACCUCAGCUCACUACCACCAUGAGGAACUUGGCUGCGUAUGUUGUUGAAGUGCCAUACGACGCUUACAUUAAUCACUGGAGCACAGCUAUUGCUCAUAUGGAGACGUUUUUCAGGAGGUACCAUGCUCAG